AUGGAUGCAGACUGGCUCACUGCUAACCUCGGCCAAUUCUCCAGCUAUGUGUCCUACGCUCAGCUGACACAGUUCAACAUUUCUGGGGUGGCGGUGUUAGAUGUACUGACCGGUGAACAGAAGGCACAGUUGAUCCUGCAGCCAGGUUCAGGAGUGAUGGGAAAUGAGUCUGUGGUUAGAGAGGUGUUCAGCAGUGUGCUCAAGUCUUCAGAUCAGAAACAACUUAACACCUUCUUUACAUCCUUCAGCCAGAGUGCAGUACAGACCUUCAGCCCACAGGACUUUGCCCUGUGGUUCCAGACCUAUCUCCAUCUCUUCCUUCCUGGGAUUGGUCCAAGCUCCCUGUCAGUCAUUCCCAAGAACAUCAGCUGCGACUCCUACAGGGAAAUAGUCAAAGGACUUGAUAACGUGUACAGUGAUCUGUCUACAACACAGUCCAAAACUGUCUUCAGUUACACAGUGGACUACCUCAAGUACCAGUCCAGCCAAGGUCAGUCCUGUGUGCAGUCAGUGAGCAAUGACUCUGACUGGAUGGUGAAGAAUUUUGGCCAAUUCAGGAGUUUCGCCUCAUUCUCUGACAUCAUCAGUCUCAAGAGUGAUUUCAAUGGGGUGAAGGCAGCAGAGGUUCUGACUUCAUCUCAGCUGGCAGAGCUUUGCUCCAACCCCUCUCAACUCCAUGAUCCUCAGGAUGUAAACACUGUGAUGGCAGCCAUUAGCCCAAACCAGUUUGCCUCCUUCUUUGACAUCGUCACUCCCAACAUACUGCUGAAUGCAUCACUGUACUCCAGUGAGGUGAAGGGAGCUUUCCUCCAGGCUGUUCUGGCAAGAGGUGGUCUGUCCUCUUCAGCAGUGCCUGAUUCAGAAGUGUUGCAGUGGGUGAAUGUUCGGCUCAGGCCCCUCCUCUCCAGCCUCUCUGCCGCAGAUGUAACACCAUACUUCAACAUCAUAAAAGGAAGGAGCUGCAACACCAGACAGGCAGCAGUGAGCAGUUUGGACUCUCUGAGAUCAUCUUUCAACAGCGACACACAGACUCAAAUCUACAGCAACAUCCAGGAACUCCUUACAGGGCCAAAUAGUUUGGGUUGCUAUGGUGGAGGGAGCUUCUAUGUCUUCCUCAAGAACUCCUUCCUCAGUUUUGGAUUUCCUGACCUGAGUGCCUUUUUGUCCGUUAUACCAGCCAACCGACAGCAAGAGUUGUUGAGCUCCAUCUCUCCGAAAGAACUGUAUGAGUUUUUAAAUGGGCCGAACACAGUCAGGAACGGGUCAGAUCUCUGCACGCUCCUCAACAACUACAACAGCACCAACCAGUACCUGCAGACGCAGCCGGUUGUAUCUGCAGCUGUGGGCAGACAGACGUUGGGGUGCGUUUGGUCUCGUGCUCUCAGCGCCUCGUCUCAGGAUGAGGUGGAUCAGUGGUUUAAUGUAAGACUGGCUCAGUACCUGCCCUUCCUCAGCUCUCAGCUCAUCAGCCCCACCCAGCUCAGCAGCGCCUCCUGCCUGUCAUACAGGAAACUGGUGUCAGUCUUGGGGAAGAACUAUAAUUACUCAGCCACUGAUUUCACCCCAGCUGAUGUGUACAGCUCUAUAAAGGCUUAUCUGAACAGCAGCGAUGGCUCUCCCCGCUGCUAUAACUCCUCUGAUCCUCUUCUGAAUUCCACUGCAUGGUUUGCUAACAACAUUGGAUUCUUCAUCACUUUUAUCUCCCUCACUGACCUCCAGUCCUUCGUAUCAGACAGCAAGAUCAGUGUGUUUCUGGAAAACUCAGAGAAUCUUCAGCUGUUUAACAACUCGGGGAUUGCAGCCGAUGUCACUACAUACUACAGCACGCAGCUAUACAUCCAGAAUCCUAACCUCAGUCCCCUCAGAUUGCCAGGUGUGCUCUUGUGUGGAGCUCCUGGCUCCAUGUUUGCGUCUCUUGGAGCUGCAGACAGCCAGACCAUCCUUGAGAGUAUCAGAAUAUCCUGCCAACAAAUUAGUCCAGAGGUCACAGCAGCUCUUGUGGCAAACUUCCCCACUUUGUCCACGGACACCAUCCAGUCGCUCGGCAACCAGAGCAUUGGUCUGACUGAGGGCCAGAUAAGCGGUGCUACCCCCAGUGUCAUUAACAGUACCCUGCCAGUACUCAGCGUCAUCACAGGCUGGAACCAGGGUCAGGUCAACAACAUCAUCCAGAGCAUCAUUACUGCAGGGUUUAACAUCAACAAAGGCUCCUCCCUGGUGACCCUGGGCACACUCAUAGGAGGCGUUCCUUCAGCAGUCCUCUCCAACAUCUCAUCCACUGAGCUUCUGUCUGUAUCCCAGAAUCCAACGUUCAUCAACAACAUUCUGUCAGCACCAGUGGUUCUGCAACAGACAUACGUCCAGAAGAUUGUCUCUGUAGACCAGACUAAAGUGGUGGAGAAUGUCCCAGAUGCGUUGGCAGGGUAUAUCCCACCUGUGCUACUGUCAUCUCCCACCUCUGUUAAUGUUACACUCAUCAACAAGAAGAGCUGGAGACAAGAACAGGCUGUGGUGUUGUUCAGCUCAGUGGCCAGCGCCAGUGACAAUGCAGAAGAGCUGUCAGAAUCAAUACUGCAGGGAUUCACCUGCAGCUCAGUUCAGAAACUACCACGGCAGAAAAUCAUACAGCUGGUGAAAGCCUGUAGAUCACGUGCUGGCAGGAGCAAGGUCCUCCUGAAAGAGUCUCAGCUGACCUGCAUGUACAACUACAUGAAAGACGAUUCAUCUCUGAACUUCACUGAUUUACCUUCUGACAUGCUUCUCUACUACAGCUAUGAAAAGGUGCAGAAGUUGAACUGCAAGUCAUAUUUCGGUGCUCUGGCUGGAGCAGAUUUCUCGGUUCUUUCCAGUGUUCUCAGCAGACAGUCCAUCUUGUUCAAGAAUGCACAGAACUGCCUGGGUAUAUCUAGUGUAAGUCUGAGCAGGUCUCAGGUGGAGGUUCUGGGUAAUAUGGUCUGCACACUGGAUCCCAUCUACAUCCAGAACUCUGACCCACUCAUCCUGGAGAAACUGAAGAACUGUGGAGACCUUUCUGACUCUCAGGUCACCGCCGUACAGACGCUGCUCUACUCUGGCAACACUCCUUAUGGUAAUCGCUCAUCAUGGAAUGUAGACACUCUGAACAAGCUGGGCAUCCUGCCCCUCUACCUCAAACGAGACUUCUGGGACCAGUUUAGCUCUACUACAAAGAAAACAUUCCUGAAGUCAUUCAUUCCAUUGCUGAGGAAGCAGAAGGUCCAGAUACUGAAGUUCAGGAGAUUCUUUACAGAAUUCAACAUUAAUUUCAAAGUCAGCGGACGUGCAAUAACAGCAUGCACUACAGGCAACAUCACAGAGGCAGCAAUUGCAGAUCCCUCAUUCCCUCUUGGCUACGACUUCACCCAGUUUGAUGCAUGUUUGGACAACACAUUCCUAAAGAACAAUCUGGCAGCCAUCACUGAGAAAGUGAUAGACACCAGCUUCCUGGCAGUCAUUCUGAACAAACUAAACCAGCUGUACCCAUCAGGCCUUCCAGAGAGUGUGGUGCAGCUACUGGGCUACACAUCUCGUGUGGCCACUGUUGAUGACAUCAGCAAGUGGAACAUCACCACAAUUGACACACUGUCCUCUCUGAUGAACCCAGAUAAUGGAGACUGGACCUCAGAGCAGAGUGCUGCAGUGAUUAUGAGGUAUCUGAGUGUGGCUGGUAACACUCUGGGAAGUGCUGAGAUAAAUGCAAUCGGCUCCAACCUCUGUUCUUUGGAUGUCAGCGUCCUCAAAACUAUCACUGCUGACAGCCUGAGGAAAGCAAACUCUGUGAAUGUAUCCUCAUGUUCCAUCAAUCAGAAAUUAGUGCUGUACAGCAUCGCCAACUCCUCAUUCAGCGCCCAACGCAGUGACCCCACAUCAUUCUACCAGCUCAUCAACUCUUAUCUGGGUGGAGCUCCUGUGGAUGAUAUACAAGCUCUUUCUACUCAGAACGUCAGCAUGGACAUCAACACCUUCAUGAGUCUGAACCCUGCUGUGCUCACGGCCCUGAGUGUGACCACAGUGCGUGAUCUACUGGGAAUGAACCUGGACAGCCUGAAGCUCUUUGAGAACACCACAGCCGUGCAGUCCUGGAUCUCUCAGCAGUACAAGACGGAGUUGGCCACCCUGAACAUCGGACUUGUGGGAGGCAAAGACGACCCCGUCAGCUCUACAGCUGCAGCCAUCACUAAUGUUAUGACACCACUAACUAACACCGCCAUCACUCAGACCAACUACACAGUCAAUGCUACAGCUCAGGGUUCAGGUGUUGUACAUCAUGGUUCAGGACUGUGGCUCAUCUCUCUGUGUGUAGGACUUCUGACCAUCACACUGCACACACUACAAUAACCAUCUAACAGCCUCAUUACUUUCACUCACACUGGGCACUGUAACCAUGUCCAUGUUAUAGUUACUCACCAUGUUUUUCUGAGUAUUAAUAUUCUUAAUAUACUGCACUUUAAUUUAAUUUAAAAAUUAAUUUUUCACAGGUAUUAGAUUUGUUUUAUGUAUUUAUUACUAUGCAAUCAAAAAUACUAGUAAUAUUUAUGUAUUUUUCAUAGGUCUUUGAUCAUUUUGUUUCUUAAUAUUUUAGCGUAAUUAAUCUGUUGUUCUAUAUUGAUUCUAAAUAUUGGAGUGGGACUAACUUAAAUUUUUAAAUUUAAAAAUUAUUCUUAAAAUAAAAUGAUUGUCAAUUAUGAAAUGUUUUAUCCCUGAUUAAUCUAUACUUUGUUAUUUAACUUCACAUUGAUUCUCAAUAAAAUUAACAUGCAAAUA